AGAGAGAGAGAGAGAGAGAGAGAGAGGUCGAUACCGUGAGACCAGUUUGUUACUUCCAUGAGUGCAUCUCCAGUUUAUGUUUCAUUGUUCAUCUUCCUGUUUAAUGUAUAAAACUGACUGUUACUAAUAUCUUUGAAGCACCCGAGGUGGCCAGGAAGGCUACUCGUGAGGAAAAAGUACCUGUGGUCAUUGCCAAAGCACCAGAGCUUCCAGCACCCAGAGGUACCUGUCUUCAUGGAUAACUUAACAAAGAAGAUACAUAAUCUUCUUCUCUUAAGCGUUGUCCUACCCUCCCUUGGCCUGUCUCUGUUUCCAAACCAAGAUUCUUGAGGUUGUGCAUGCUGAGUAAACGGUGCUGCACAUGUGUGUGAGGUUUUGAGCUGGCUGUUGUGAUGUUCUGUGUCUGUGUUGCCCUGGUUUUUGUUCCUACUUGGCACGUGUUUUCACCAAUGUAAAAUGAAACGCGCUAAUAUCUUUGAAGUGCCUGAGAUGCCUGAGGCAGAGGUCCCAGAAGAGGAAGAGGAGGAGGAAGCACCAGAAGAGGUGGCACCAGUUGCUGCACCUGGAGAGACAGAAGCUCCUCCAGCUGAAGUGCCUGAGGUGGCCGAGGAGGAAGAGCCAGAAGAGGAGGUGCCAGUGGUCAUUCCCCCAAAGCCUGUGGCUGUGCCCAAGAAACCUGUGGCUGUGCCCAAGAAACCUGUGGCUGUACCAAAGAAACCUGUGGCUGUGCCCAAGAAACCAGAGCCUGUGCCUGUGCCAAAAAUACCAGAGCCUGUGCCUGUCCUUAAAAAACAUAAAGUUCCUCUAGUUAAAGGUAUAUACAUCAGUGACUGAGCCUCUCCUUUUCUCUAUUCUCUGAAUACUUUUUCCCUUGUUUAACUUAUGUAUGCAGUGCUUAGGUAUCCGAGUGAAUAAUCUGUCACUUAAAAUUUUAUUCUUCAAGUCUUGAAUGCCUUACUCUUUUUUGUCAUUACACUUUUCACUAUUGUAUGUAUAAAUGUAUCUUAAUGUUCACAAAAAUGAAAAUUUACUAAUAUCUUUAAAGCACCUGAAGUGCCAGAGAUAACUGCCCCAGAAGAG